GCCAAUCGCAGCCUGCACCGCGCCCGCCGUGCCGCAUUUAAAUUCGAGGCAGGGCCAGUCGUCGGGACAUCGCAGCCGCUAGGGGCACUUCCCGAUAGCACUCGGCAUGGAAGGAGACGGCAGCGAAGUGCCUUCAGCCAGCCAGGCAGGAGAAACGGCGACUGAUGUUCCCAAGAAGGAUGACAUUCUUCUUUUGGCUGAUGAAAAAUUUGACUUUGAUCUUUCAUUGUCUUCUUUAAGUGCAAAUGAAGACGAUGAAGUCUUUUUUGGACCUGUUGGGCAUAAAGAAAGAUGUAUUGCUGCCAGCUUAGAAUUAAAUACAAAGAUUCCGGAAGAACCUCUUUGGCCAGCAUCACAGAGUCACUUCCGCUGGAGCCCUCUCCCUGGGGAGAAGUUUGUGGAAGUGUAUAAAGAAGCUCACUUGUUGGCCUUGCAGAUAGAAAGCAACAGCAAAAACAAGGCGGCCCGAGCUGCCAGGCCCGAAGACCCCUGGAGCCAGGGCGUGGAAAGAUUCAUACAAGAAUCAAAAUUAAAAAUGAAUCUGUUUGAGAAAGAAAAUGAAAUGAAGAAAAGCCCCAAGUCACUUAAGAGGGAGACGUACUACCUGUCAGACAGCCCCCUGAUGGGGCCGCUGCUGUCGGGGACCCAGCCCCCCUCGGGCGUGGGCCUGCAGGGGGCUCCUGCCCAGGCCAGCCUCUCCUGGCCUCAGGGGCCACCUCUGUCUUCUUGUCCUUUGCCAGCGGAACCAAGUCCUACCCACCUUCCAAGCCAGGCAGUGACUCAGAAAAAGGUCAUCAGCAAAUUGCUGCCACCCCGAGCUUCGUCUGUUAGAGGAAAAAGCAUCCAUUUGGCCGUGGAAAAGCCUGUGAAAGAGAAACCAGCUAGUCCUCCCAGGAUGAAAAUCCUAAAUGAAAAGGAAUCCCACAGAAACAUCCCACCUGACAAGCCCAGCGCUGCCCAGCAUGUCACCGGCAUGCCAGCCAGUGGAAGCCACUUGGUCCAAGGCAAGAGAUCGCUCCCUGUUCCAAACAAGCUGGGGCUGAAGAAAACCCUGCUAAAGCCACCCGGUGGUGCCGGCCGUCUUGCGAGACAGUCCUCUUCCCGGGGGUCUGCGUCGGGCCUGGCGUCCAGCGCAUGCGCCUCCCCAGCAGCAGGCAGAGCUAAAUCACAUGAGCGUCCAAGCAUCCCUGCUAACAGUUCCCGGCCCCUGUCAAACUGCAGCCGGUCGGGCGGGGCGGGACCCGCUCUNNNCAGGCCGAGCAGGUGGGCCGGGCCGGCCGAGUCGACAGCAGAGCAGCCCGCGGUGCCCACCACCUCAGCGCUCACCCAAACCCCGACUCCAGAACGGGGGCGCCUGGGACUGGACCCUCCCUCCAGUUCGUCGCGAUCUCCACUGAACAAAACUGGGAGUGCACGAAGGCGGGGUUCUUCUCUGAAUUCCAAGACCAAGGUUAUGCCUGCCCCUACAAAUCGGUUUAAAAUUCCCAAGUUUGCUACUGGUGAACUCCCAGACAGCGCGACGCCCACGUUCUCCCGGUCACAGAGGCUGCAGUCCUGCCCCUCAGCAGGGAGGGCUGUCGUCCACAGCACCCCUGCCAGGCGCUCCUCAGGCCUGGCCUCACAAAGCCUGUUUGGCGCCGCGAGGGCGUCGGCCUUGCCCACACCGGCCGGCCGCCGGCUGUCUGGCCUUCCACUGGCGACCCCGAAAACCGUGCCCAGGGCCCUGGCGUCUCCCCUGUGCGUGCCGGCCCGGCGGCUGUCCUCUGAUCCCCGGAAGAAGUCUGCGGUGAGAACUGCACUGGUGACAGGGAGCAGCGGCUGGGCCACCGCUAGGCGCUCGGACUCGUCUGAUAGCAGUUUCUCUCCUCCAUCUGCUGUGCCACAGGCACUCAGCUUCUCUCCAGAAAAGAGUGAUUUUACUUUUUCAAAAAGUAUUGCCGAGGAAGUAGCACUGGAUGAAGCAAAGCCACUUGAAGAUAUGACCCCCAGUGAGGCUAUUCUUGUGGAUAUCAAACUGGAUCAGCUUACCAUUACUCCGAAAGCUGAAGGUCCACCCCUCACUGAUCCCCCUCUCAUCGACUUCUGCAAUACUCCAGAAGCCAGCGUGGCUCGGGUAUCCGAAAGUAGGCCUCUGAUCGACCUCCUGAUAAACACUCCAGAUGUGGACAGGAACGCUGUGUCUAAGCCGCCCCACGAGGUGGGACAGCUGAUAGACCUGUGUUCUCCUCUGAUCCAGCUGAGUCCCGAGGCGGACAAAGAAAACAUGGACUCGCCACUUCUCAAGUUCUGAGCAGGAAAACGCUUUGCAUCUGACUCUUUGUUACAAGAACAGCCUUAACGUGGUACUCAGCUUAGAAAUAAACUUAGGAGGAAUCGUACUGGGAAAAAAUUGUUUUAGAACCUAAGUAAAAUGGCUACGCUUGGGGAGGCAGGCUGCGGGACCAGAGGCCUGUCUGUGCCCACGUGCGGCCACUGCUGUCCAGCGGCUGCUGCCCUCGCUGCCCCGCACACUGCGCUGGACUACAAAUUGGAAGUCUCCAAGUGCAGAAUUUUGUCUUGAAUCUUUUGUAUGUAAAAUAGCAAGUGACUAUUUCAAAAACUAAGUUUGUAUGAAAAGUUAAGUAUUCUAGAUUUAAGUUGAAUUGUAAAAUAAAUUAUAUCAAAGCAUA